UCUUCCCUCCAAAUUUCUCCGAUCUUCUCGCCUUCCUCCCCAACUGCCCGCCCCCCUUCCGUAUCCACUUCCCUCCCUUCCCCUCCCUCCCCUUCACCUCCUCUCGGCUUCCGAUCCCCUAACCUAAACCCCUGCCGCCGCGCCACUCCGCCGCUCCUCCAUCUCCUAGGUCGAAUCGAACAGGGGAUAUAUGUACAGGAACCAGUUUAGGCCGGAUCGCUUCAACGACCACACCAACGCCGCCCGAAGGCCCGGCCGUGGCUUUGCCAGUGGCACGCACCAUUGGGUCGUCUCUGGCGGCCGCGGGAACGCGGCUCCAGGCGCGCGGCCGCGUUCACCACCCAACCGGAGCGGGAGGCCCGGGAGCGUGCAGCAGUACAGGCCAAGGUCACCAGCUAGCGCAGCACCCCAGGGCCAAGGGAAUGCCACUACAUAUGCUUAUGCUGCGGGUGUCGAACCGAUGAAUCGAUCAUCUUUAGGAUCAUUGGAGAACCAGAAGCCUUCUAAUGUGACUGAUCAAAGUGAUGUUCUGAACUUAGAGUCUGCUGAAAGAGCCAGGGCAGCAGAUUCUUUGAAUCCGACAAAGCACUCAGAAGGAUCUUCAUCCACUGCAUUUACUCUUCAGUUUGGUACUUUAAGCCCAGGAGUCAUUAACAAACAAUGUAUUCCCAACUCAACCUCGGCCCCUCCAGAUUUUAAUGAGAAGAAACAUGACAAGGCACCCCAUGGAUUAUUAUCUGAUUAUAACACAUUGCCCUUACCACCUGACCAGAAGCAGCAAAAGAAAGAAGCGGCAGAUAACCAGACUGAUUUGAUCGACAAGUAUGAUGGUGUGCCUGCUACAGUUUCAUCUAAUUCAUGUGCAGUACCGGAUCAUGAAUUACCUCAGACACCAGUGCUGAAAUCUGUUCCCCCGGCUGAAAAAGUAUGUAUAGAUUCAUGUAAGAUGUUGGCCAGGAAUCCCUCUUCCCCAACCCAUCAACAGUUGCAAAAGCAAGACGGAAGGAAAAAUGUGAUUAAUGCUAGCCAAUCUGAUACUAUGCACAAAUAUCCUUCUACGAAGCCCAAGAUAAGUGUGCAGAUUCCAGCUCCGUAUACUCCCAACAUAGCACCGCCACCAUUUAUGCUUCCGGUAAAUGGAAGACCGUUGCAUGUGGCUUUCCAGCAGAAACAACCUCAAGUACCUGUUGAAUUCAGGGGCCCUGGUGUGCAAAUGCAGUCUAUUGGUUCUGUAUCUGGCUCCGUGCCUGUGAAAAUGGCCAUGCCUAUGGGUAAUGCGCCCCAUGUACCACCAUUUUUUGUUCAUGGUGCUCAUCCUCGUGCAUUACAACAGCCAGCCUUCAUUCACCAAGGACAAGGUAUGGGAUGUGCACCUCCAGCUUCUCCUCACCUUCCUCAACUUGGCAACAUGAGGAUUACACAGGAGUUAUCUCAGCAUCAGCCUAGAAGUAGUGAUGAACAGAAGAGAACUAUCAGGAUAACUCAUCCAGAGACACAUGAAGAGCUCACGCUAGAUAGACGUGGUCAUAGCUAUAUGGAUGCUGUUUCUGUACAGAUGCCUCAGCAUAAUAUGAACCAGCUAGUUCAGCCUGCCCCAACAUUUUCUCCCCUCCAUAAGGUGUAUUACCGGCCAAACAUGUACAAUGCAGGAAAUAUCUAUCUUCCUAACACCAGUACUGUUCCUGUUUCAAACCGGCAAAUGUGCCCCAAAAUGCAGCCACCAACACAUAACUUUGAUCCGACUAACAGCCAGGCAAUUACUUCUAUCAGUCCUCCUAUGGCAAACCCUUGGCUUGAUGCUAGUUCCAGGCCACCAACCAAUUUAUCUGCUGCCACAGAAGUUUCCAAUUUCAAAGGCUUAGUGCCAUCGACCAUAUCCCCUCCAGGUCAAGGUGCACUAAAGCCAUGCACUAUCUUCCCAUCAUCUCAGACAAGCAUAUCUACCUGCAUGGCAGAAACUCCCAUGUUUUUAAGGCAUUCUGGUGAAUAUGCUUUGUCAAGUCAGCAAAGAGUUCACAAGCUUGGGAUGGGAAUUUCUCAACCUGAAAGGUUAGUUUCAGAAGCAAAUCGCAAACUUUCAGGUGCGACAUCUGGUAUAAGUUGUAAUAUGGGUCCUCAGUCAGUUUCAACCCAGCAGACACAAACUGGUCCAGCUUUAGUAGGUCAUGCUACAUCUGCUGCAGAUCCUCAAAUUAUGUCAGCCUGUAACAUAACUUCAGCAUGUGUAGCAAGUGGUCCAUCGUCAGUUAAAGCAAAACCUAUUAUUAUAGAAGAAGAAUCAUCAGUAUCUGCAGUAACUUCAUCAUCUGAUUCAAAAGGCCAGUUAUCUCACAUUGUGCCUCUGCAGUCUGAGACAUUUGUGGAUACUGAGGCUUCUUCCGGAAGUGGUAAUGUCAUUUUGACUGUAGAUUCCUUAGGAUCAGAGACAUCAUUGGCUGGUAAGAAUUUAAAAUGUGAUGGCAAUAGCAUUUUAGGGAAACCUCCACUCAAAUAUGCACAGCAAAUUGUGCCGCCAAAGUUUCCAUCAACUAGCAUAACUACUGAAGAUCUCAAGGGCAAAGUUAAUCAUGUUCCUUUUCCAGAAGAAACUUAUGAAGUGAAUUUUUCACUUCCUUUGCAAAUCCAUAAUGUGAUUAGAGAACAGCAUGUUUUAAAUGCUGGAGUGACGUGCUCCAAGUCUAAGGCAGAACACGUCGAUGUGACAAUGCCAGGUGCUGCUUCUGGUUCGGAGAAUGAUACUGAUGUUACUAAAUUGGUGAUAUUUCAUGCAUGUGUGGAAUCAGGUGAUUUGCAUCUUUCAUCAUCCAAUGGUGAUCUCCCUCAAUCAAAUAAAAACAGUCUAGCUUCAUCAGAUGCACAAAUUGGACCAUGUGAACAAGAGAAUAAGCUGGAAGACAGUGUACAGGACUCUCUAAGUAUUUUCAUGAAUACAGCUAUAGUUUCCAACUCAAGUAUCUCUAAGGGGGAAAUGAACCAUGAUAGUAUUGAAUCAGGAAUAUCUAGUCAUUGCUCUGCUGCUACUUCAAUGGUGCUAACGAAAAAAACUGUUUUGGAGGCAACCAGAGCCAAAACUACCCAUGGAAGAAGAAAAAAGAGAAAGGAUAUACUCCAUAAGGCCGAUGGACAAAAGUCUUCUGAUAUUUAUUAUGCACCUGGUUCCGCCGAUGAGAAUUUUGCCAGCACUAGUGUAGAAGUUGUUGGGAGUUCUUCGACAGUUGAUCUAGCAGAGACCUGUACACUAGAUACUGAAAUGGGCGCUUCGACAAAAAGUAAUGAUAACCAGAACAAAAAUGAUUUCUUCGAUUGGGAAGGUGAUAUGGAAAUCUCUAGUGAAAAGUUGAGAGAUUAUAGCUGCAAGCAUUCUAACAAUGUGGCAGAAGUAAACAAAGAUACAUAUGGGUAUGGCCAGAAAAGGUACUCUCAGGAUUUUCUUUUAACAAUUGCGCAGAGUUGCGUCAGUCUGCCUGAAGGUUUUAAGAUUGGUUCUGAUAUUUAUGAUGCAAUAAUGAACAACAGUAGUGAACAUAAUCCAAACAGGGCAAGGAUAAAAGAUCGAGUUUCAGCUAAUCAACUUAACCGCCAUAUGGCUAGCGGCAAGCUUGAUGAGAAUAACUGGAGAAAAUCAUAUCAUUCUCCUGUUGCUGGACGUGAUCCACUUCCUGACACCAUUCAUCGACCUUCCAUUUCUAGUUGGGAUACAGCACAUCGUGCUGGGCGUGGAUCUUCAAGAAGUGUUUCGCAGACCCAGUCACCCAACCAGUAUACUGGUGAGAUUCUCUCCAGAGCUAUGAAAGAAGUAGCAUCUCAACGCAGCAUGUCACGUGGUUCUGUUGAUCAGAGGUGGCAACAUAGAACUAAUGUUCAGGGUAUGUCAUCUCCUUCUCAAGUUGCUGCGCCACUCAUGCACAAAGCUGAGAAAAAAUAUGAAAUUGGUAAGGUGUCUGAUGAGGAAGAGGCAAAGCAAAGGCAGCUGAAAGCUAUUCUCAAUAAAUUAACCCCCCAAAAUUUUGAAAAACUUUUCGAGCAGGUCAAAGCUUUGAAUAUUGAUAACAUAGUUACACUUAACGGUGUCAUUUCUCAGAUAUUUGACAAAGCCUUGAUGGAGCCCACCUUUUGUGAGAUGUACGCCAGUUUUUGUUUUUCCUUGGCUGGUGAACUGCCAAAUUUUGUCAAGGAUGACGAGAAAAUCACUUUCAAGAGACUUCUUUUAAAUAAAUGUCAAGAAGAAUUUGAAAGAGGGGAACGAGAGCAAGCUGAAGCUGACAAGACAGAAGAGGAGGGUGGAAUGAAACAAUCUGAAGGGGAGAGAGAAGAGAAACGGCUCCGGGCACGCAGGCGCAUGCUAGGAAACAUCCGUUUGAUUGGGGAACUGUACAAAAAGAAAAUGUUGACUGAGAGAAUAAUGCAUGAAUGCAUAAAGAAGCUACUGGGUGAGUACCAGCACCCAGAUGAGGAAGAUCUAGAGGCAUUAUGCAAAUUGAUGAGUACAAUAGGUGAGAUGAUCGACCAUGCCAGGGCAAAGGGGUUUAUGGAUUUAUAUUUUGACAUUAUACAGAAGCUGUCUGCAAAUUCAAAGUUAUCAUCACGUAUAAGAUUUAUGCUGGAAGAUGUGAUUGAUCUUAGAAACAACAAGUGGAGGCAGAGAAGGAAAGUUGAAGGGCCAAAGAAGAUUGACGAGGUUCGCAGGGAUGCUGUCAAGAAAAUGGGCCAAUCAACUAGGUUAGGUUCUUCUCCUAAUUAUAACUCAUCUGCCACCUCCAUUAGCUCAGCCUUAAGACCAGGGCCUCCACUGGAUUAUGGUGUUCGUGGAUCUUCUGCUUCUCGUGGAUCCUCUGAAGUUCGUGCAUAUGGAUCCCACAAUGUUAAUCUGGAUGCAAGAUAUCAGACUUCAAACAGAGCCAUGGCAGUUCCACUCCAACAAAGGCGGUCUGAUAAAUCCAUCCGCCUUAGUCCUCAAGGUGACUUGGGAAGAGAAAUGUCACUUUGUGGGAAGCCACCAGGUUCAAACGACAUUUUGCCAGAAGUUCCUUUGAGCAGUCAUCAUGGUCAAACAUCAAAAAUCUCAAGACAAAGUUCAUUUACGGGAGCAGCAAAUAACCAAACAAACUUACAAGCCACUGCUGAUACUCCUAAAAGUCAGUCCUGGGGAACUACAGAUCAUGUUUCACCUAUAGUAUUGACUUGUGUCAAUCCUGUUGGCCAAAUGCAUACACCCUCCACAGUCAUUAAGGAUAUUUGUUACGAAGCAAGAAUAUUCCCGGAGGAGGUUCUUCAAGAAAAAGCAAUAUUGACCAUAAAAGAGUUCUACAGUGCUAAGGACGAGAAGGAGGUCGGGCUGUGCAUGAAAGAACUGAACGCUCCCAGUUUUUACCCUUCACUCAUAUCACUUUGGAUCAAUGACUCGUUCGAAAGGAAAGACCUGGAAAGGGAACUUUUGGCCGAGCUUUUGGUGAACUUGUGCAAAUCUCAGGAGAGUCUGCUAAGCCAGGGAGUGCUGCUCCAAGGGUUCCAACAUGUUCUUUCAACCUUGGAAGAUGCGGUAACUGAUGCUCCGAAAGCAACCAAGUUCCUCGGGCGGAUAUUCGCCAAGGUCAUACUGGAAGACGUGCUCUCGCUGACUGAGAUCGGACUAUUGCUACAGGACGGCGGGGAGGAGCCAGCACGGCCUGCGUCGGACCAGGGGCUCGCUUCUGAGGUUCUGGGGAGCAUGCUGGAGUCAAUAAGGGUGGAGAGGGGCGACUCUGCGGUGGACGAAAUCCGUGCAAAGUCAAACCUGCACAGGGAGAACCUCAGGCGACCUGGCCUGUGCGUCUGAUCAGGAUAGGGAGGCGGAGUGGGUAGAUCAGUAGCGCUUCUUCUGCUAGGUUUGCUGGAUCCUAACCUUAUUAGGAAGAAGAAACGUCACAAGAAAUUUUGUCGGGCCUUGCUAGCUCACUUAAUUAUCUCUUAUUACCAAGUUACUAUAGGUGCACUUUUGUUAAUAUUUUUCUUGGUUCAGCUUAUGUUAAUUAAAAAGCUCUGCUUUAUCUUGUGCUGAACUUGACAGUAUAUUUUUUUUGACCAGUACUGAACUUGACAGUAUUA